GGGGGCUCCGUUAGUUUGUAUUUGUGAAGAUAUAUAGGUCGACAAGAUGCAUUGAAGUUGUGUAUAACUGCCAACAACGACACUACUACUCUAACACAGAAAUCUAUAGAGAGAACUAAUCAAUUUAGAUCUAUAAUUUAUGCGCAUUCACAAUUGUAUCCAUGCCGAUUGUAAUUCAUGCACAAGCACACUUCUUGUAAAUACACUUAAGUCUGUGUCACUGAUUCCUCCCUUACAGACGACAUCCAUUUAUUUAGGAGGCCUGCAGAGCUAACUGUCUUCAGAUUGAUGGAUUUCAGAUAGAGUUGACACCUUUGAUUCCAACCCCACCAGGUGCAGCCUCUUCGUCAGCCACCCCAAAAACCACGGCAUCCAGAGAAAUUUAUUUGGGAGGCCUCCCUGCGCGUACCACCAAAGGGGUUAUCAGGGAGCCCUCCGUUGUUUUGGCGGCACCAGCAGUCUGGUCUUACCAGGAGGGAGAAAAGGAAGGGGGCACACUUCCGCUCAUAAUCGCUAUAAAAGAGCGGGCAGUGCUGGUGCUGAACAAUCAGCAACUAAAACGGAGUGGACUCGACUAUCUUCAACUGCCUCACCUCACAUCAGAAAACUGAUAUAUACGUACACCUCACAUCAGCAUGGUAUGCUGCAGAUGUAAAAAAGGACUAUGUACAAAUUGUUGCAGCACAAGAUGCUCAAACCAGGCUAGUUCUUCCACCCAGUGUGCCGCACUACUCCCGAACCCACUAGCCCUAGCUAGGGGCCUGACCCUACGGUUGAAGCGUUGCGUACCCGCUAGUCAGCUAGUUCCCCCUCCACCUAAGAGGAAAUGUUCAAGAAAUUUACUUGGGAGGCCUCCCUCCCCGUACCACGAAGGGGGACAUAAGAAUUGCCCUCUAUUGUUUUGGAGGAACCAGCUCGGUGGACAUCCCAUGGGCGAAGGGAAGGGAGGGACGCCUUUGUUCUCUACCCCACCUCCUGAGCAGCCACAAACAUCCCUGCAGGUUCAUCUGGUCCAUCAGCAGAAACCAUCCCAAAAAAUGCAUUAAUUUUGGGCGGCCUUUAUCCAGGCGUGACUAUAUAGGAGAGGUUAAGGAGGCCCUCCUAAUCCUCCCUUGUUUCGGGGAAAGCAUUUGAAGAACCCCAAGACAAACACAAAGACAGCUGGUUUCACGCCCGAGGAGAGACAGGACUUCACAGAGCUACUGGAGGAGAGUUUCGUGGACACCUUCCGUCACCUGUAUCCCGACCUCGCUGGAGCGUACACUUACCAGUUCAACGCCAGAGCCAAGAACACUGGCUGGACACUUCUAAUUACCCCGGACUCUCUUUUGGGCAAUUUUCGUUGUUUUAAUACAACGGACACUCCAGUGCUUUAAUAUUACAUUUGUUCUAAAAAUCCGGACAAUACUUUGAAAAGUUGAGUUACAUUCACAGACGGCAAGUAAGACUUAGAGUGCUGCAGUUAGAUAGCUAGUUUUAGAUAGCUAGUGCAACUAUUCAAUCGCACAGCAUUCUAUUAAACUUAGCUAGCUCGCAUGCAGCUGCUUGCUUGUUCUAAUUAUUCCGGACACUUCACAUGCUCUAUAAAAAUCUGUUCCAAUUAUACCCGGACAAUUUCCAAAAUAAUUAUUUUUUGCUGUCCGAUAAA